AUGCUGUCGAAGAAAGUCACGUGCAAGUCACACGGCCAGGAGUCUUCUUACUUCAUCGGAUGGCAAGAGUACGAGAAGAACCCCUACGACCCCCGAGCCAAUCCUUCGGGCAUUAUUCAGCUCGGCCUCGCUGAAAAUCAGGUGUGCUUCGACAAGAUGGAAUCAUGGAUUAGAAAAAACCAGGAAAAUAACUGGUUCGGGACUGUCGGAGCCUCCAGUUUCCGGGAUCUCGCUCUUUUUCAGGACUACCAUGGCCUCCCUCAAUACAAAUAUGAAGUAGCCAAGUACAUGUCGGAAAUAAGACAAAAGAGGGUCAUCAUCGACUCCGACAACCUCGUCCUGACAGCUGGCGCAACCGCGGCUAAUGAAAUCCUAAUGUUCUGCCUCGCUGGCCCCGGCGACGCCUUCUUAAUCCCCACCCCUUAUUACCCUGGGCUGGACAGGGACCUCCGAUGGAGGACAGGUGUCGAAAUCAUACCCGUCCAAACCUCAAGCGAAAACGGCUUCCGAAUCACGGGCCGGGCCCUGGAGGACGCCGCGGAUGUGGCCCGUAAACUCGGCCUGAAAGUGAAGGGCCUGUUUCUUACAAACCCGUCGAACCCAUUGGGGACGACCCUGUCGGAAGACGAGCUGGACCUGAUCAUAAAAUUCUCCUCUGGCGCCGGAAUCCACAUCGUCAGCGACGAGAUCUACGCUGGCACGGUAUUCGACUCCCCGAGAUUCGUCAGCACCCUGGAAGCCGUCGCCAGGGCGUCUCCCGGCGGCGAUUCCGCGAUCUGGCGGCGCGUGCACGUCGUCUCCAGCCUGUCGAAGGAUCUCGGCCUGCCGGGGUUCCGGCUGGGCCUGAUUUACUCGCGCAACGCCGCCGUCGUCGACGCCGCCACCAAAAUGUCGAGCUUCGGCCUGAUCUCGUCGCAGUCGCAGUUCCUGCUGUCGAGGAUUCUCGCCGACAGCAGGUUCCUCCGGCGGUACGCGGCGGAGAAUCGGCGGCGCUUGAAGCGGCGGCGGGCGGCGCUGGCGGCGGGGCUGGGCCGGUCGGGGGUGAGGUGCCUGAGCAGCAACGCCGGGCUGUUCUGCUGGGUGGAUCUCCGGCGGGUGUUGCCGGCGGCGACUUUCGAGGCGGAGAUGGAUUUGUGGAAGAAGAUGAUAUACGAAUACGGCGUGAAUGUGUCGCCGGGAUCUUCUUGCCAUUGUACGGAGCCGGGGUGGUUUCGCGUCUGCUUUGCCAAUACGUCGGAGGAGACUAUGCUACUCGCCGUCGACAGAAUCAGGGCCCUGGUGGAGGAUAAUCAUGAUUUUCUAAUGGGUAUUAAUUAA